AUGAGUAAGAGUAAGAUACUGAUAUUUGGAGGGACUGGAUACUUAGGUACGUACUUGGUAAAGGCAAGCGCUUCAGCUGGUCAUCCCACAUUUGUUUAUGUUCGACCCGUGAAACCCCAGCACGAUUCCAAUAAGCUCAACCUCCUUGAGGAAUUUCAAUCCAUGGGAGUCACCAUUUUCCAGGGAGAAGUGAAUGAACAUGACAAGCUUGUUGAGGUGCUUCGUCGGGUGGAUAUUGUAAUCGUGACAUUCGGAGUACCUUCAUACCUUGAACAACUCAAAAUAAUAAGAGCCAUGGAAGAAGCUGGUAACAUAAAGAGAUUUAUUCCUUCAGAAUUUGGGAAUGAGGUGGAUAGAAUUAGUCCACUUCCACCAUUUCAAGAAUGCUGCGACAAGAAGAAAGCGGUGAGAAGGGCAGCUGAAGAAUCUGGGAUACCAUAUACUUUUGUUUCCGCCAACACAUUUGGAGCCUAUUUUGUCAAUUUCUUGCUUCGUCCUUACGAUGAAAAGUCCCAGAAAGUUACUAUCUAUGGCACUGGGGAAGCCAAGUUUGUGUGCAACUACGAAAAAGACAUAGCUGAAUACACAGUGAGAGUCGCAACAGAUCCGCGAACAGAAAAUGGUCUAGUUAUCUACAGGCUUCCCAAAAAUAUAAUUACUCAACUAGAUUUGAUUUCAAGAUGGGAGAAGAAAACUGAACGUACUAUGGAAAAGACCUACAUUCCCGAGGAAGAGAUUAUCAAGCUCUCUCAAUCAUUUCCAUCAGAGAAUGCUGUUGGGAACUCCAUAGUUCAUAGCAUCUUCGUAAAAGGUGAACAGAUGAAUUAUGAACUGAAAGAGGAUGAUCUGGAUGCAGUCGAGCUUUAUCCAGAUUACAAGUAUACAUCAGUUGAUGAACUUCUUGAUAUCUUUAUGGUCGAUCCGCCAAAACCAGGAGUAGCUGCUUUGGAGUAG